AUGGGGAAACAGAAAGGAGAAGCCGCUAGGAGCAAGGCACGCCCUUCAAGUAGCAGUCUGGCGGCGUCGCUGGUGCCGUCGGGUUCUACUGUCUCGGUGGGCUUCGGCGGCUAUGUUGGCGGUUCUCGCCUCGAGGCUUCUCUUGCAACUGAAGAUUCAAAGCCCUAUUUGGAUGUAGAUAGUGAAUUGGCUCUACACUUGAAGAGGCUUGCAAGGAAAGAUCCCACCACCAAGCUUAAAGCUUUGGCAUCUCUAUCCACGCUGCUCAAGGAAAAGUCCACGAAGGACAUAAUACCUAUCAUUCCACAAUGGGCAUUUGAAUACAAAAGGCUUGUGGUGGAUUACAAUAGAGAAGUUCGGCGAGCAACUCAUGAUACUAUGAACAAUCUUGUUACCGCUGUUGGGAGAGACUUAGCUCCACAGCUGAAGUCUCUGAUGGGACCAUGGUGGUUUUCUCAAUUUGACCCAGUUUCUGAAGUUUCUCAAGUUGCAAAGCGUUCGUUACAGGGAGCUUUUCCAGCUCAGGAAAAGAGAUUAGAUGCUUUAAUUUUAUGCACAGCAGAGGUUUUUAUCUAUUUGGAAGAAAAUCUGAGACUUACACCGCAAAGUAUGUCUGAUAAAGCAACUGCUUUGGAUGAAUUAGAAGAGAUGCAUCAGCAGGUGAUAUCUUCAUCACUUCUGGCAUUGGCUACACUUCUUGAUGUAUUGGUUAGCUUACAAGCAGCAAGACCAGGCACUGAAAAUAUAACUGCUCAACCAAAACAUGCUUUGAAGGCUAGGGAAACGGCUAUUUCUUUUGCUGAGAAGUUGUUCACUGCUCAUAAAUAUUUUCUAGACUUCUUGAAAUCUCCAAUUUCUGCUAUCCGUUCAGCCACAUAUUCUGUAUUAAGUAGUUUCAUUAGAAACAUUCCUCAUGCCUUUAACGAAGGAAAUAUGAAAGCUCUUGCUGCUGCAAUAUUUGGUGCAUUUCAGGAGAAGGAUCCUGCUUGUCAUUCAUCAAUGUGGGAUGCAGUUUUGCUAUUUUCUAAAAGGUUUCCUGACAGUUGGACUUCCAUUAAUGUACAGAAAAUUGUACUUAAUCGAUUUUGGAAUUUUCUUAGAAAUGGGUGCUUUGGAUCUCCGAAGAUUUCUUAUCCAGCCUUGGUUCCAUUCUUAGACACUGUGCCAUCUAACACAGUAGUGGGAGAUACCUUUUUGCUUGAAUUUUUCCAGAACCUAUGGGCAGGAAGGAAUACAUCCCACUCCUCAAAUGCAGAUAGACUAGCAUUUUUUGGGGCAUUUAAGGACUGCUUUCUGUGGGGAUUGCGUAAUGCAUCAAGAUAUUGUGAUAAGGUGGAUUCCGUCUCUCAUUUUCAAGUAACUCUUGUUAAAAAUGUUCUGGUAAAGCUUUUGUGGCAUGACUACCUUUUCUCUAGUAGCUCAAAACUUAAGGAGAAAACCUUCUCCAGUUUAUCAGCAGAUUCAUGUGAAAGUGGCUUAACUUCCAACAAGAAGACAGUUGAAACAACGAAUAUUAUGUAUCCAAUGAGCUACUUGCAAGAGUUGGGGAACUGCAUUGUUGGGAUUCUUUCAGGCAUUUAUUUGCUCGAGCAUGAUCUGCUCACAGCUUUCUCUGCAGAAUUUCAGGAGAGUUGUGUGGGUUUGUUUCAUAAUGCUGGUAAUUUGGAAACAGAAAGUGAGUGUGCUGAACGGGUUAAUCAAUUUAUAUCAUUACUUGGAGAAUUUGCAAUGCAGAAAGGUAGAAGUUGGCCUUUGGUUUGUCUAGUUGGACCAAUGUUGGCUAUGUCCUUCCCAUUGAUGAGAUCACAUGAUUCACCAAGUUGUGUGAAGAUUCUAUCGGUUGCUGUUUCUGUAUUUGGAUCGCGCAAGAUAGUCCAACAGCUUCUUAUCCAACAUAAUCUUUCUUCUUGUAGUCAUUCUACUGAUGGGGGGGAUAAAGAAAUCGAGGCAGAUCUAUUCAUGCAGAUGUUCAAGGAAAGUAUUGUUCCUUGGUGUUUGCGUGGGAAUAGUUGCUCCUUAAGUGCUCGACUUGAUAUGUUACUUGCAUUGCUCGAUGAUGAAUAUUUCUUUGAACAGUGGGAUACUGUUAUCAGAUAUGCUACUAACCUGGAACACUCUGGAUCUGCAACUUCCUCCUUAGACUCUGACCGCAUAACCAUAUUGGCAAUGCUCUUAGAGAAAGCAAGAGAUAAAAUUGCAAACAGGAAGGAAGGAGACAUAUCCAUGGGCAACCCAGACCACUGGCAUCAUGAGCUUCUAGAAUCAGCUGCUGUUGCUGUUGCUUGUUCCCCUCCUGCUUUCGGAACUUCUAAUUCUCAAUUUGUGUGUACUGUUGUUGGUGGUUCAACAAAAAACAAUCAAACAUCUUUUGUGUCGAGAGAUGCAUUGGUCCUGAUAUUUGAGGAGGUUUUCAAGAAGUUGCUUUCUUUUAUUCUGGCUUCCUCCUUUACUUGGGUUAGGAAUGCAGGUCCUCUUUUGAGUCCCAAUCUAUUGACUUCUGGGGCAAACAAUAUUGGGCUGGAAUUUGAAAGUUCUGUCACGAUGUUUGAGAUGGCUCAGUUUGCUCUUGAAGUACUUGAUGGCACCUUAUUUUCCUUGAAGACACUUGGUGAAGAAAGUGGGCUGGUUUCAGUUAUCUUGUCUGCAAUUUUUUUAAUUGAUUGGGAGUUUUUGGUAUUAGUAACUAUAAGAGAUGAUGCCCCUGAUGAUGAAUCAAAGGAAAAAUUGAAGUCCAGGCUGGUAUUUAGUGAAUUGUUUCAUGCUUUUCGAUGUAAGAUAAGUAAUCAGUUUUGGAAAAGCCUCAGCUUACACAAUCGGCAGGCAUUGGGGAGUAGUUUGAUUCAGUGUAUGAGAUCUGCAAUCUUCAAUGAAGAUAAACUAGACACAGAAAAAUUCACAUCUUUGUGCUGCUUGUGGAUGCUUGAAGUUCUUGAUUGUCUCUCUCAGGAUCAGUAUGAGGAACAAAAUCUGUUAGACCAGCUUCUUUGCCAGGGUGACAGAUGGCCUUUGUGGAUUGUUCCCGAUUUUAGUAGCCCAGAGGGAUUAGUUGCAAAAAAUUUCUCUGCUGAUGUGCAUGACUUUGGCCAUCGAAAGUUUGUUUCAUUUAUUGUCAAGAUCAUCUCAGAACUUGGGAUUGAUAGAGUUGUUGCGGGUUAUGUAAAACAUAGUCUCCCUCCCUCCCAGGAAACAGCAAAUGAAGAGCAUACUCGAUCCUGGCUUGCUGCUGAAAUAUUGUGUACUUGGAAAUGGCCAGGAGGAUGUGCUGUUGCUUCGUUCUUACCUUCAUUGAGUGCAUAUGCGAAGAGUAGAAAUUACUCUUCCCAGGAGAGCUUGUUAGAUUUUGUUUUCAACAUUUUACUUGACGGUGCACUUAUUCAUGGAGGAUGUGGUGCACAGAAUUUUGUCUGUCUGGGGCCUGCUUCAAGUGAAGAAGUGGAGGAUAUUGAAGAACCUUUCUUGAGAGCCCUUGUAGCUUUUCUUUUAACUUUGUUCAAAGAUAAUAUAUGGGAAACAGAAAAGGCUAUGAUGCUAUUUGAACUGCUAGUAAAUAAAAUUUUUGUUGGUGAAGCUAUAAAUACGAACUGCUUGAGGAUUCUUCCCCUGAUUGUUAAUGUUCUUAUUCGACCAUUAAGUCAAAGAAGCAUCAGAUCUCAUGACUCUAGUAGAGAUACCCAACCUGAUUCUUCUGGGGAAAAUCAUGUACCUGAUAUUAUUGCAGGCUGGCUCCAGAAAGCUAUAUCAUUUCCGCCUCUGAUCACAUGGCAAACAGGACAAGAUAUGGAGGAUUGGUUUCAGUUGGUUAUAUCUUGUUAUCCUUUUAGUACACUAGGGGGCUUAGAAACCCCGACCCUGGAGAGAAAUAUCAGCUCUGGAGAGAGCAGACUCCUACUUGAAUUAUUUCGGAAGCAGAGGGGUCCUGGCACAUCAACUGAAUUUGAUGAAGAUGACUGGGAGUUUGUGUUAUAUCAGUUAAGGCGCGGGAUUCAGUCGGCUGUUGUAAUGAUGGAGGAAAUUGCUGAAAAUGUUAAUGACACCAUCACUAGCAGCUUUACUUCUCAUAACCUGGAUUCUAUCCUUAAUAAGCUUGGGACAAUUCUUUAUAUUUCAGAUCCCUUUCCUAUAGACAUUGCCAAGAAUGCCCUUUUAUCAUUUUCUCUGUCUUGUGGACCUUUUGGUCUCCGACAAGCAGAAGAUGCAGAUAACGUAAACCCCUUGAGAAUGGAAAGAUGGGACCCCAUCAAAGAUCGAAUUUUAGAAGGUAUACUUCGGUUGUUCUUCUGCACCGGCAUUGCAGAGGCCGUUGCAAGUUCCUGUUGUGAUGAGGCUGCAUCUCUAAUUUCGUUGUCUCGAUUUGAACAUUCUCAGUUUUGGGAGUUGGUGGCCUCAAGUGUUGUCAACUCGUCAACAAAUGCUAGAGAUAGGGCAGUGAAGUCAGUAGAAUUUUGGGGGCUGAGCAAAGGACCUAUUAGCUCUUUGUAUGCAAUUCUCUUUUCUUCGAAAACCAUUCCUUUGUUGCAGUUCGCCGCGUAUUCUAUUAUUUCUUCAGAACCUGUUUUACACUUGGCAAUUGUUGAAGACAAAACUUAUUUGGACGGUGUCACUAACAGUGAAGAAGAUUCAUCCCCGCAUAAUAUGUCGGCAGAAACAAGCAUCCAUUUGAAAGAGGAAAUAUCUUGCAUGAUUGAAAAGUUACCGCAUCAGGUUCUUGAAAUGGAUUUGGUGGCAGAGCAAAGGGUACAUGUCUUCCUGGCAUGGUCUUUGUUGCUAUCGCAUUUGUGGUCAUUACCAUCGUCAUCACCUGCAAGGGAGAGACUGGUCCAGUAUAUUCAAGAUUCUGCUGAUUCAGUGAUAUUAGAUUGCCUUUUCCAGCAUAUUCCUCUAGGACUGGGCAUGGCACAUGUUAUUAAGAAGAAAGAUACAGAGCUUCCUGCUGGUAUAGCAGAAGCUGCAGCUGCAGCAACACGUGCCAUAACUACUGGUUCAUUAUUGUUUUCUGUACAAUCUCUGUGGCCUGUUGAACCAGUGAAAAUGGCUUCGCUUUCUGGAGCAAUGUUUGGUUUGAUGCUUCGCAUUCUUCCUGCUUAUGUAAGACAGUGGUUCAGUGAUUUACGUGACCGUUCUACAUUAUCUGGAAUUGAAUCCUUUACAAGAGCAUGGUGCAGUCCACCACUCAUCGCAAAUGAAUUAAGCCUGAUUAAAAAGAAUGAUCUUGCUGAUGAGAAUUUUUCCAUUAGCGUAAGCAAAGCAGCAAAUGAGGUUGUUGCUACCUAUACAAAGGAUGAGACUGGAAUGGAUCUAGUUAUCCAUCUUCCUUCAUCUUACCCAUUACGGCCCGUUGAUGUUGAUUGUAUGAGGAGCCUAGGCAUUAGUGAAGUGAAGCAGAGGAAGUGGUUAAUGUCUAUGUCAUCAUUCGUUCGUAAUCAGAAUGGAGCUUUAGCAGAAGCUAUCAAGAUAUGGAAGAGCAACUUUGACAAGGAAUUUGAAGGCGUGGAGGAAUGCCCUAUCUGUUACAGUGUCAUCCAUACUACAAACCACGGCCUUCCUCGCCUUCCAUGCAGGACCUGCAAGCACAAGUUCCAUUCUGCCUGCCUCUAUAAGUGGUUCUCAACUUCUCACAAGUCAACUUGCCCUUUGUGUCAGUCUCCGUUUUGA